CGCUGUGGUCGAUGUAAAAUGGCGACGGUCGUGUGUUAGUCAAAACACAAGCGACAACCGAAAACAGCAAGCUGCAGUGAUAGUUACCGCUUUUACAAAGGAGAUAUCAACCUCGGUGAUAUUUGCUGGAUCCUACUAAGGUUCAGUCAUGACCGAGCAGACCACCGUCAGCUCUGAGGGCAUCGUGGGCUUGGAUGAGCCCAAGAAGAUGACCCGGGAGGACUGGAGGAAGAAGAAGGAGCUGGAGGAGCAGAGGAAGCUGGGAAACGCUCCAGCUGAGGUGGACGAGGAGGGGAAAGACAUAAACCCUCACAUCCCACAGUAUAUUUCAUCUGUACCGUGGUACAUCGACCCUUCCAAAAGGCCCACACUAAAGCAUCAGAGACCACAGUCUGAAAAGGAGAGGCAAUACUCAGCCAUCGGAGACUGGUAUAAGAGAGGAGUGCAAGAGAAUGCUGUUACCACUAAAUUUCGCAAGGGAGCUUGUGAAAACUGUGGCGCCAUGACACACAAGAAGAAGGACUGCUUGGAGCGACCCAGAAAAGUUGGAGCUAAGUUCACGGGCACAGGCAUUGCUCCAGAUGAACACAGCCAGGUCCAGCUUGCCUUGGACUAUGAUGGGAAGCGGGAUCGCUGGAACGGGUACGACCCUGAGGAACACCAGCGCAUCGUGGAAGAGUAUUCCAAAGUAGACCAGGCCAAACGGACUCUGAAGGCACAGAAACUUCAAGAUGAGUUGGCUUCUGGAAAACUGGACCAAACUGAGUGGGAACACGACAGUGAGGAUGAGGAUGAAGAUAAAUAUGCAGAUGACAUCGACAUGCCCGGUCAGAACUUUGACUCCAAGAGACGAAUCACAGUUAGGAAUCUGCGUAUUAGAGAAGACACAGCUAAAUACUUGAGGAAUCUGGAUCCCAACUCUGCCUACUACGAUCCAAAGACUCGAGCUAUGAGAGAGAACCCGUAUUCCAACACUGGCAUGAACCCUGACGAAGUGGGGUACGCUGGAGACAACUUUGCUCGUUAUAGUGGGGACACUAUCACCAUGGCUCAGACACAGUUGUUUGCUUGGGAGGCCUAUGAGAGAGGCUCAGAGGUGCAUCUGCAGGCUGACCCCACCAAGCUGGAGCUGCUCCAUCGGUCCUUCAAAGUCAAGAAGGAGCACUUUAAAGAGCAACAGCGGGAUAGCAUCGUGGAGAAGUAUGGAGGUCAGGAGCACUUGGAUGCUCCGCCACGGGAGCUGCUGUUGGCCCAGACAGAGGACUACGUGGAGUACUCUCGUCACGGUGCUGUACUGAAAGGACUUGAGAAGGCAGUUGCCCGCUCUAAGUAUGAAGAGGACGUGCUCAUCAACAAUCACACUUGUAUUUGGGGCUCUUACUGGAAGGAUGGCUGCUGGGGAUACAAGUGUUGUCACUCCAUGGUCAAACAGAGUUACUGCACAGGAGAGACUGGAAUUGGAAUAAACAACUCAGACUGUGUUCCAUUUGAAGAGGGACUUACUGAGCCACAGGAGGAGGAAGAGCCCAAGUCUCUUCUGGAGAUGCAUCGAGAUAAGAUGAUGAAAGAGAAGAAGAAGAAAAAGAAGAGCAAGAAGAAUAAGAAGCGUGGCUCUGACAGCAGUGAUUCAGAGGAUGAAGAGAAGAAGAAGGAAAAGCUGAGGAAGGCCCUUGAAGCAGAGGACAAACGGGUGAGGCACAUAGACGCAAUAAUGCAGAUGGACGAGAGGAAGAGGCCGUACAACAGCCUUCUGGAAGUGAAGGCGCCCACCGAGGAGGAGAUGGAGGCCUUCCGCAUGAAGCGCUGCCGGCCAGACGAUCCCAUGGCUUCCUUCCUGGGACAGUGACCUCCUCCUAUCCCUGCUGACUCCCUUUAACUCUCCCCUCGGACUCUACCAGAGCACGUGCUCGGUGAAAAAAGUGUCUCAGACUCAGAAGACUCAACUUUCAUCUUGUAAACUUAGAGCAGGAGCCUGCUGUUUGGUUACAAAUGCUACAGAAACUGUGUACAGUGUUUUGUCAGUUUCAUGUUGCACACUUUUAUUUUUGAAGCCACAGGUUGACAAUAAUGAUGUGUACUUUUGCUUGUACUGAUCCAGUUCCAAACAAAGAACUGUAAAAAUGAAAAUUCUCAAAAAUACAAAAUGGAGCCGCCCUCAGUUUUUUGCAGUAAUUUUAGGAACUACUUUUACUGGGAUUAAUGCAUUUUUAUAAAUAAAACACAUCUCUCUGAA